AUGCCGGGAAAUUGGGGGCUGAUUGAUCGUGACACCCCGAAGGAGGCAUACGUGAAGAAAUCGUACAGGGGGGAAGUCGAGAUGGAAUUGGUCUUCAGUGAUGAAUUCAAUAAAGACGGUCGCACAUUCUACCCAGGCGACGACCCAUAUUGGGAAGCUAUGGACUACCACUACUGGGGAACAGAAGAUCUAGAAUGGUAUGAUCCAUCCCAGGUAACGACGGGCGGCGGUCAUCUACAGUUAACUCUGGAAAAGAUUGAUGAUCCCGAGAACAAUCACAACUUGAACUACCGUUCUGGCAUGAUACAAUCAUGGAACAAAUUCUGUUUCACUGGUGGGAUUAUCGAGGCUGCUGUGCGGUUGCCGGGUACCAACAACAUUGCUGGUUUGUGGCCAGCCGUCUGGACGAUGGGAAAUUUAGGACGUGCUGGAUACGGUGCGAGUCUCGAAGGAAUGUGGCCCUACAGCUACGAUACCUGCGACGUUGGUACGCUGCCCAACCAAACAUAUCCGGGGACGCGUCUUCCCGCCGCGGCACAUGAGAACGGAGACCCGACCGCCAAAGGAGAGCUGUCCUACUUGCCCGGCCAACGGCUGUCCGCAUGCACAUGUCCAGGAGAGCCACACCCUGGCCCAGUGCGUUCAAACGGUGAUUACGUUGGCAGAGGUGCCCCAGAAAUUGAUGUCUUCGAAGCAAUCAUCGAAGAAGGCGUUGGCAAGGUUUCUAUGUCGUCUCAAUGGGCUCCAUACAAUGCGGGAUACGAUUGGAAGAACACCACCGAUAAUAUGAUCAUGCAUGACGGAGAUCGCACUCAUUUAAACACAUAUAAAGGUGGUGUAUGGCAACAAUGUACUAGCGGUCUCUCUGUCACAAACCAGGCCUGUUACGAACUGGAAGCCGGCUGCUUUGCCGUCUAUGGCUUUGAAUACUCACCUGGAUUUGAUGACGCGUACAUAACCUGGAUAAACGAUGGCACCCCCUCCUGGACGAUCGUUGCGCGUGGAAUGGGACUGGACACAGUCGCCGAAAUUGGUCCACGUCCUAUUCCUCAAGAACCUAUGUACAUCAUCGCCAACUUGGGUUUCUCUCUGAAGUUCGGGCCUAUUAACUUCGAGGAGGUCACAUUCCCCACCACAAUGGCUAUCGAUUGGAUUCGUGUUUAUCAACCCGUUGGUAAGAAGAACUUCGGGUGCGACCCAGCAGAUUUCCCCACAGCUUCAUACAUCCGCGCCUACCCCGAAGCCUACGCCAACCCCAAUCUCACAGUUUGGAGUCAGUAUGGACAACCGAUGCCUAAGAAUCGCCUCAACGGUGGAUGUACCUAG